AUGCUCUCUAUGCGCUAUGACGACGGUUUCAUGAAUCUCGAGAACGGAUCGCGACAUCCUUCUUCGAACUGCAAUACCCCGAGCGUCCGUUUUCACAAUGGCCUCGCCUGGGUGGAGAACUGGCAGCUGUCAUCCUCUAACUUGGUACCGCAAACACCUCCGUCAGCGGCCAUUGGGCCCUCACGUUCCCCAUCUUCAUUCUCAUUGAUGAAAUACAGCCAUGAUCCCUACGGUGUGCGUGGUAACAGUCAACCACAAAUGCAGCAACGGGCGGCAGGUUGCAUGAUGGUGGGCCGUGGGCCUUCUCCGAACGGUUGCUCAAGUCCCGUGAUGCGUCUCAGUUGUGUGGAGGAUGGGUCAUCGCGAUUCGCACCUGGUCAUUCAGCAGUGGUGCCUUCGGCUAUUGAACGUCCGCUCUCUCAAACAGGGCAGCGGGAAUUCCCUGACGGGCGGCCACGCCGGAAGGGGCGCGCACGUGAUCGAACUCGUGGCGGGCGUUCUCUAGCUGACGUCCCACCUCCCACGAGUAUGCGUUACUUCCCACCGCCACCACCGUGUUUAGAGAGCAUGAUUUCUUGUGGCAUUUCGCAAGCAACCCUCGUAAAAAUCGCGACGAGGUGGUAUGAGCGUACCAUCGCUUGCGAGCAGUCAUAUGUUGGCCGCCUGCAUGGUGGUUGCGCUGUUCUCCACGGUGCGGCAGCGUUCCGACGGCAACCCAUUCUCGGUAGUUUACAGCCGGUGUUGUGCCCCCGCAUGGAACUCACGCUGCAGUUUACCUUUGAUCAGUGGCUAAAAGCAGCGAGCCGAUGGUGGGAGACUGUAAUCCGCCCAAUGACAAUGGAAUACCGACUGCCACCGCCCUAUGUUUUUUAA